GAACUUUCCGAAUUACCUAUUGUGUGUUCCAUUUCCCACCAAAACGGUGAAGUGGUGAAGUGGGAGGAAAAUCAAAGUAGUGGAGCAUGAAAUUCAAGGCAUUCGUAACCUCGAACGGCGUGAAGCUCCUGGAGAAGAGGUUCCUCCCGGCGCUGGAGAAGAUGGGGAAAGCGUGCCACCUGUGUCUGACACGGGACCACGCCAUGUUCCUCCACAACCUCCUCAACGGCGACGGCAUCCAGUCCAUAGCGCAGUUCCGGAAGGAGUCCCUCUUCCACGAGUACCGCAUCAGCAGCCAGAACGAUGACCGCAUCGCCUUCGCCCUCGACCUCUCCCUCCUCCUCCGCGCCCUCCGCAGCGCCGUCGCCGUCGCCUCCCACUCCUCCGCCCGCCUCGAGAUCAAGCUCGUCAAGAAACUCCCUCCCAAUUCCACCCAGCCCAUGCCCUUCCUCACCCUCGAGACCCGCGCCUGCAAGUCCGCCGUUAUUCAGGAUAUUCCCAUCUCCAAACCCUUGUCGCGCGCUCUCCUCCUCGACCUUCAGACCGCUCUCCACGUCGCCCAAGACAUUCCUCAAACACUCGUUCAGGUGCCUGACUUGAGUCAAUUGCUAAACCUGGUGGAUCGGAUGAAGCUGGUUGGCGAUGUUGUGAACUUGUUCAUAAGUAAGCAUGGGGAUUUCAGAGUGCAGGUUUCGACCACACUGAUCAGCCUGGGUGCUGAGUUUCGGAGACUGCCUGUGAUCGGAGAGAAAACAGAUGCUCCUGCUGAAGAUCAGAAUCUCAGUGCUCAGACGCGAUCAGCAAGGUCCAUUUCUAGAGGAGAUGGCCAAUCUGUGCAGGUGAGUGUGAAGCACUUCGCCAAGAGCCUCCACUGUCACUUAGCCAGACCAGAUUGUGCUUUCUAUGGGAUUGCUCCGCAGGGAAGUUGCCUCACACUCAUAUUUCAGUUCUUCCUUCCGGGUUCUGAUCAGACCGAUAAAUCAAUCAGCUUGCAUUGCAGGCUUCCUGUUCUUGACCCUGGUUCUGCUUAAACUCGAACAGUCUUCUUCUUAUGUAUAAGUUCUUUCUUGAUCAUCUUCCGAAUGUGAUAUUGACUUUUUGUAUGUUUGACCAAGUUUAGAUUACAUCUAAUAUUAAUGAUAAUGAUAUAGUUGAGUACUGUGACA